UCAACCAUCAACACGCCACCCACCAUUCCUUUCCUUUCCUUCAUCAAAACAACUACAAAGCCCUACCUACCUUCGCACCUUGCGCUUCCAUGAAGUAUUAAACCUAUUCUUCUACCGUUACUGUGUUUGAACACGCCUAAAAUGCAGUUGACAUCGAUCAUUGCCGCCGCGGGCCUGGCGGCUUACACGACUAACGCCUUAUUAUUACCUCCUGAGGUCUCCGAAGCCGAUAACCAUCUAGCCACUACUCUUCCGGUUCCUGUCGACACAGGCUUCGCCAAUGAUGCCAGGCGUCUCAGGCUUAAGUGCCCUGGAUGCCAGGUUCGCAUUCCUCACCAUGAGACGGCCGAGGUCGUGAAUGAUAUUCCUAGCCAUCUGGAGCUUGACUUCAGUAUCGAGACUGCUGGUAGCGCCGAUCGCUUGAUGCUGAACGGCUUCGAACUCUACCCGAACGCAGACCCUUUCCGAAACAGCCUUACUGCUGUCGUUCGUCCCGAUGUUCCGCGCCGACAGACAAAGCGACCAACUACUCAUUACAAGGGUCCCCAGCCACAACCAGCACAAACCCUUGGCUUCGGCAUGCAGACGCGUCCCGUCUCCACCCCUGAGGAUUCGUUAGAACUCGUUUUGAUCGACCUCGACAUCAUAGAGGUUGGCGAAGUCUUCGUUGAUGGUAUUCCGAAUGUUCAGAUCAAGCUUGUGAAGACUCCCACGGGACAGUUGAUGAUCGGCGACAUCGAGACUACGGACUCCGAGACGAAGCAGAACAACCCGAUGGAUAAGCAGGAGGAAUGCACGACCAUGCUUUGCAAGUGGAAGGCCAUCAUUAUGCAGAGGCUCGCUAGCCUUCGUCUUCAUAAGGGCUGCGGUGGUCAUCGUGCUCACGCCAAAGGCAACGGUCAAGCCAAGCAAGACGGAUCCAUUAAUGUUCGUCCUAUGAACGGUGGUGACAGCCUUCCGCCCAGCCAUCGCGAGAGGAACUGGGGGUUAUUGUUUAAGAACAUUGCCUCGCACAUCCUUCUCCCGGUUGCCAUCGGUCUCCUGGCUGGUGUCGCUGCUAGCAUUCUCGGCAUGAUGGUCGGUACGUUCGUCGUUUUCCUCUGGCGACUAGUUGCUCGCCGAGGUAGCUCUCGACGACACCACAGACAUGGACAUCAUCACAAGGCUUCCCACGCUGAAGCUGCUCUCCAUGAUGAGAAGUCGGGUCUGAUGGCGCAUGUGGAGGAAGAUGAUGUCCCUCCCCCCGUAUACGUGGAAGAGGGCGUCGUUGUCCUCGACGACAAGAAGACCGAGAAUGUAGCCUAAGAAAUGAUACCCCCCGUCGUUGGCCCGUGACGUCAGCUGGCUUCGACACAACACCGGAUUUUCCUAGUGAGGAUUGAUGAAGAGACUUGUUAUGGCUCGCUGGACUGAGAUGAACUAACUGAGAAGAAAUCGUAUGGCGUUGAGAUCAUUAGCACAUAAGGACGAGAAAAUUCUGGACCUGGAAAGAUGGCCAGCUUAGGAUUACUCUCCUUUUCAACUCUUUUCCUUUCUGGUUGUAAUAAGUAACCUGGCAGGCAGAAUACCUACGUUCCUUUCAAUUGACAUCAAUAUGAAAUAUCUCAAUACUAAU